AUGGCGGCUGCCACAGCGCAACAGAGGACUCCCGAUUUGCCUUCGGCUCUCUUUGAUCACCUCGAUGUGAAUAAGGAUGGAGUGGUCACUCGUGAGGAGUGGCAACGGGCGAUGCAGGCGCAGCAACCAUCGGCUGUGCCGACUCAGACACCUCUGCAGGUGCAGGUCCCACCAGCAGGGGCCAUGAUGAUGCCGCCGCAUGCGGCUGCCGUCCCACGGCCGGGCUAUGCUGCGGUUCCUGCCUACCCGCCAAAUGCCGGGCAAGUCGUGGUGCACCAGCCUAUUCCCAUGAUGAAGGCCAUGUCGAUGGCGCCGCCCGUCGGCGCGCCCGUCUAUCUGCAGGGCCCCGGCGCCGCAGUACGACCCAUGGGAGCACCGCAGAUGGCCAUGGCCAUGGGAAUGCCAAUGGCACAGCCUAUGGCACCGAGGGCCCAGCCCAUGGCACAGCCGAUGCCGCAGAUGAUGGCACAGCCGAUGCCGCAGAUGAUGGCACAGCCGAUGCCGCAGAUGAUGGCACAGCCGAUGGUUCAACCCAUGCCCGUGCAGGCGCAGGUUCUGAGCGGUGCACCCCUGUCGCCGCAGCGGGGCCUGAGGUCUCCGCGGGCGGUGUCCCCAAUGCGAGCUGCCGCGCCCAUGUAUGCAGCCGGUGCCGGCUACGUCCCUGCAGCUCAGGACUUACCGAGGCAUCAGGGGGAGCACAGGGUCAUCGGCGAGCGGCGCAUCACUCGCGAGGAGCUUGCAGAGACCGGAAACCUCGUUGAG